AUGCGAAGAUUUGAUCACUCCUCUCAAUACCCAUUUCGCCUCUCACUCCAAAUCCUCCGCCAUGGAACCACCACCACCAACACCACCAAAAUCCUACUGGCGAUUCAGCAAACAAGACUUUUUCCUAGCACCCUCCUUCCAAAACCUCUCCACAACGAUGCUGGCCCAAGUAUAGUUCUUUCUUAUGCCACUUCAGGCCUCUCUGCCUUGCUAUCAGUAUUUUGUUACACUGAAUUUGCUGUGGAAAUACCUGUGGCAGGUGGGUCUUUCUCAUUUCUUCGAAUCGAGUUGAGUGAUUUUCUUGCUUUUAUAGCUACGGGUAAUAUUUUACUAGAGGCCGUUGUUGGUGCUGCUGGAUUAGGGCAUUCAUGGUCUUCUUAUUUUGCUAUUAUGAUAAAAUCUAAUGCGGAUUUCCUUAGAAUUCGAGUGAACUCUUUUGCUAAAGGGUUUAAUUUAUUGGACCCAAUUGCGGUUGUGGUUUUAGCGAUUGAUAACACUAUAGCUAUGAGUGGGACACACAGGACAUCUUGCUUGAAUUGGGUUGCAUCUAUUUUCAGUGCUGGGUUAAAUGAGCAAGCUCCUGACUGUGAAACCCUGUUUCAGAAUCUACUAGACCAUGUAAAUGCUAAUGGAGAGCAGAUGCCUAUAGCGUCCUCAAGCAUGAUUCGUUCCCAUAGUGUAUCCGGUGACCUGCAUGGUGUUCAACUUGAUCCUGUAGCAGCUGAUAUUCUUAGGAAAGAGCUAGAGCAUGAAACUUUUGUACGACUCAAAAUUUCCCCAACUAGUAUUCUCCAUCUUCUUGCCUUGAGUAUGCAAAGUAAUUAUCUAAGGAUUGCAUCUUAUCAAAAAUGUUCAAUCUGCAUUCUGCAGAUCAAGCAUGUGUAUCAGGAUGCCAAUAGCAUUGCAGAAUUUCUGACUUCUUAUGUAGUCCUUUAUGGUAGAAACUCUGAUUUUUCUGAAAAUGGGAAGCUGCCCACUGCUAGAAGAGUGCUGCUUGGGGUGCUGGGCAGUGAGCUAUUUUAUUGUCUGAGUUCAGUUGGGAGGAGGAGUUUUGUGUUGGUUGUUGGUGCCUUUCCUAGUUGGGUGCUUCUGUGCUGUCAGUCUGCUGCUAUGUGGCUGUGUGCUAUGGUGCAUGUGCUUUGCUGUGGUUUGGGGGUGAUUGCCUUGCUUGUUCCUCCUUUCUGGUCAUCCCCUCUUUUGCUUGUGUGCACUGUCAAGGGAUUGGGAGAUGUUAUCGAUGUUGUGGAGGUGCAUGUGUUGCUUGGUGUUCUGGGCAGUUUUAAACGGCUUCCUUGGUUCAGUAUCAGUUUGGAUGCAGUGUGUGAUGUGCUUCUGGGCUGCUGGUUCUGGGGCAGGGUAUUUCCAGCUGAUGGUUUUCCUGCUAUUGGAGGUUCUGGCUUGGUGUUGCAUUGUUCUGUUUUGACUGGAAUGGUGUUGUGUUAUGCUGCAGGGCUUCUUUUUCUCCUUUGUGUUGUGUUGUGCACUGUUUACGUGACUGUUCACGUGAACAGUCUGCCUGUUGCUGCUGAUGCCUUCUGUUAUGCUGCUGAUGUUGAUGAAUUUUCAACGACUCUCCUCAGCUGCUGGCUCUUAGCUGCUGCUUCCCUGCUGGACUUCAGCUGGAUUUUAGCUUUAUCUCAUGGUUUUUGGUGCUUUCAGCUGGUCCUGCUUGCUGUCUUUGUUGGACAGUCACUGCAAUGUUCAUUUAUGGUGCCCAAAUCAGCCCAGCAAAUGAAUUGGAACUUUUACGUUAUUGUUUUGGUGAGUGAAGCACAUUCUCUUUGCAAUAUUGAUUGA